AUGCGCCUGAUCCGGCUGGGCAGCAGCCGGAAGAAGUCGGUCGCCGGCACGAUGAUCGCGGCCAGCGCGAUAUUGGCGACGAUCAGGAACAGCGGCACGCACAUCAGCGCCGCGAGCCGAGGGCACCCGCCGCCGCUCCAGCCAUUCCGGGAUCGGCACCAGCGCGAUGGCGAUGACCAGCGCGGUGGUCAUGGCAGAAGAAUUCCGCCCCCUCGCGAAGCGCGAAGGGCAAGGCCAGAUGAAGCCCGCCCCCCGCCGUCAGGGUCAGCCCGGCGAGCAACCGGUCCUGGCGCAUCGCGAUCCGUACGGCAUCGCGUUGCCCCAUGCCGACCGGCAUCCCCAAUAUCAGAUCGCCAGCCAUACUGCCUUUGCCGGCGAUUUCAUCCUGCGCGUUACCAUGACGAUGGUCACGUUAGCGGCCUUCCCAACGGGAGAAGCCGCCAACGCGCGCAGAUGGCAACGAUUUUCGACGAAUACGUCAUAUUGCGCAAUCGGCCCCCGCCCCUGCGCCAAGGGGCGGUCCAAACCCGCCCAAUGCUAAAAGCGCGAGGAAUCCCGCCGGUCCGUUCGGCCACCGCAUUUUCGAUCGACUGA